AUGAGGGGUAUAACUUGUAGAUGUGAAAGAGGUCAGGUAUAUGGUUUAAUCUUCAAUGGAAAUGGGAUUGAUGGCGCGCAAGCAGAAUAUAUCAGGGUCCCUCUGGCUUCAACAACGUUGGUCAGAAUUCCUAUAGAAAUUAACGAUAAUCUGGGUUUAUUACUCGGUGAUAUAUUAUCCACUGGGUAUUUUUGCGCGGAAAAUGGAUUAAAUGGGCUAAUUGGUCAAUACAGGGGUGAUUUCUUUAAAGGAAAUAAUAAGCUCGAUGGUAUAAAGAGGGAAAUAAGAUAUGAUACUAAUUCCUUUGACGAUAGUGAUGUAAUAGUUGUGGUUGGAUGUGGUUCAGUUGGAUUGAUGACCGUCGUAUCAGCGAUCUACCUAGGAGCAAAAAAGGUUUAUGCUGUUGACAGCAUCGACGAAAGGUUAAUACUAGCACGGGAGUUUGGAGCCACGCCAUUACAUUUGAACUCGGAUGAUCCUGUGCAGACUAUCAGAGAGGCUACCAAUGGAAGAGGUGCAGAUGUGGUUAUGGAGGUUGUAGGAAGUUUAGCAGCUCUAGAAUUGUCUUAUAAAUUACUUAGACCUGCCGGUGUGUUGUCGAGCGUUGGUGUACACAGCUCGGAGACAUUUCCCUUUAGUCCUACGAAUGGAUACGAUAAAAACCUCACCUACAUUUCGGGUCGUUGUCCUGUAAGACAAAUCUUGACGAGAUCCAUUCCACUAGUAUUAUCAAAAAGAUUUGAUUUAGAAAAAAUAAUUACACAUGAAAUGAAAUUAAGUGGAGGAGAAAGAGCUUAUGAAAUUUUUAACAAUAAGUUAGACGGAUGCAUUAAA